AUGGACUCUCAGCAACAAUCAGUCUACAAUUUCUCCCAACAGAUGAACUCAACAGAGAAAGCACCCAGUUCUAGUCAACAAACUACUGCAACCACCGGCGUCGUCUUAACUCCAAUCUACAGGGAACCCCACAUCCUUGAUCGUGAGCCCCACAUUCAUCUAGAAACUCCAUUUGAUAAGCUUGAAUUUCUUUGUGAAACGUUGGUUGAUUUCGAGAACAUGAAGCGCAAUGGCGUCGACCUCACUAAAGAACUGAAAAAUCAAGGGUGGGAAAAUUACUUUCAAUGCCUCUAUGGCCCUGAAGCACUCAAAGAUCAGAGGGAGAUUCCCAACGUACUCUACCUGUUCUCCAAGAUCGACCCUCCAGAGGUAAUAGCCUACUAUCUAGAGGAUUUGUACAAGCAAGGGGUGGAUAUCACUGAAUUCUUAGUGGAAUGGCUACCUGAGCAUCCACCAAACUUCAUGAAGAGGAUGCGAGAGCCCUCUGAAAAGUCCAAGAAGGCGAAGCAAGCUAAGCUGGGAGAAUCAUCUGGAUCAAGAACCCCAGUUCCUCUGGUUGGCUCUCCAGCUCAGCUCCAAUCCCGUGCUCUGGCCUCUCAAAAUCCAUCACAUCCUGAACCUGAACCUGAAGUCACUUCCCCACCUCUGGAACAUCCAAAUCCAACCACAUCUGAACCACAACCAUCUGAACCAACCCACUAUGAACCACAACCAUCUGAACCAACCCACUCUGACAUACCACCACCCAUCACCUCCGCUGACCCAACAACUCCCACACUUAAUCUAAGUGCCCCCAUCUCAUCCUCCUCACCCUCCCCAGCCUCUGCCAAUGAACCAGAAACUACCCUUCCUACCCUUGAAGAAGUAAUCAAGGUUUUUGUAGAGUCUUCAGUUGAGAAGGUCAAAGACGCUGAGAUCAGACUCCAAGAGCACCUAGCUAGAGAAGCUGAGGAACGGGAAAGGAAGGAAGCUGAAGAGAAAGCGCGUCUAGAAGAACUUCAGAGAAUCAGAGAAGCUAAAGCAAAGGCUGCUGAUGCUGAUGCUGCUGAGGCUGAGGAAAAAGCUAAAGCCGAUGCUGAAGAAGCAGCUCGCAUUGCUGAAGAAGCUACUGCCAAAGCCAAAGCUGAUGAACUGACUCAAGGGGAGCACUCCAACUCUGGGUUCGUCCCUCUGGUCCUGAAGACUCUCGAAGAACUGCAGAAAGAGCAACAAAUAGUUCGAGCCAGACUGGAUCAACAAGACUCUAUCAACAUUAACAUUCAGAACAUGAUACCCCAGCUGCUCCAGAGGAUGCCUCCGCCUCCAAACCCUUAG